AUGCCAGAAUUACAUAGGCCUAUUUAUUUUAAAUUAAACACUAAUUCUUUCCUGAAGUGGAGAAGCAGAAAAACUCAACAUUUAUUUCAGGUAAACAAUGCAGGGAGUGCUCAAUAUGUCAACUAUCUUGAAACAACAACGGAAGUGUUUGAUACUACCUUUAAUCUCAACAUCCGGGCCCCCUUUUUUCUCACCAAGCUGUGUACCACACACUUGAAGAAAACGAAAGGAUGUGCGGUGAAUGUCUCAAGCCUUGCGGGACAACGUUCAUUUCCGAUUGCAAUGGUGUACGGAAUGACUAAAGCAGCCAUGGACCAGUUUACAAGGACUCUGGCGGUUGAUCUGGUGAAAGAUAGUGUUCGGGUUAAUUCAUACAUAGAAAAACAGAAGGAACUACAGCCUCUGACGGGAGCUGUUGAACCGGAAGAGGUUGCCAAGGUGAUCCUGUUUCUAGCCUCGGACCAAUCAUCAUCGAUCACAGGAGAACUAAUUUAUGUGGAUGGAGGGCGUCACGCAAUAAUGCCCUUGUGA